GCAUCGAUUCGAACCAUCUAUCUCGGCCCCGAAGAACGCGCGGAGCCGCUCGUCGGUGCCGGACCGCGCGCCGCAGAGCAACGACGCGCGCCGCAGCGCCGCCCGCGCGCCGUCGCCGCCGACAGCCGCCCAGAGCGCGGAGACCUCGUCCGCCGUCAACGCGCGUGACGCGCCCGCGGCUAGAUCACCGAGCGCGACGGGCCCAACCGCCGAACGGUGCAGCGUCCGCACGGCCUGGCCGGCGCGGUGGUGGAAGAGCCUUUUGACCACGUGGUUCGCCCCACUCUGGACGACGACCUCGUAGGCGAAGCGGCUCUUCGGCGCGCAGCCCGCGGGGCGCGUAUCGUCGCCGAUGGGCUUCGAACUUUGAAACGUGACGGACUCGAAGCCUACCGGCGUACCGCGCUCGUUGCGGCCCUUCCGCCGCUCCGUCGCAUUCUGUGGGAGGGGCUUCUUUUCGGUCAACGCUACAAGUUGCUCGGCCGUGAGCCCUUCCGACGCCCGCGGCGCGUCGAUUUCGACGACGUAGGUCUUUGGUAGUAAACCAGGACACAGGAUCAAACGGGAGAGCUCGAAGUCGUCCGUGAAGAGGAGCAGGCCCGUCGUCUUCUUGUCCAAUUGGCCCACGUGACUCAGGGCCGCGCAGCCCGCCGGUCGGAUGUCCUCGAUCUUCUCGCCGGCUACCUUGUGGUAGGCGUGGACGCGGCUCGGUCGUUCCUUGCGUUCAAUGGUCGCGCCGUCGACCUUGACUUCUUCUCCUGGGUACACGAGGCGCGCGCCGUCGGCGGGCGCGCCGUCGAUCGUCGCGACGCCUUCGGUAAUACCCGCGGCCGCGAGAUAUGCGUCGAGGCGCCGCGGCAGCGCGGCGAGCUCGUGGUCGGGCAUCGAUCGGUCCGUAGUGGCUUUGCGCAGGUGGCUUUAUCGAUGCGAGUUGGGCCCAAUCGCUGCGCGAGACGACUUGUGCUAUAGCCUAAGUAGUUCCAAAUGCACCAGCGCUAUGAUGCACCGCACAGCUUGCCUUUUUUUGUGGGGCCUCGAGGCGCUGCGAGCUAGCGUCCAGUAAGACACUAGCAAGCGAAAGCCAAGCACAGUCCUGGCUUGCCCACGGCUAGCGUAAGCAUAAUAUCCACCGGUAAUCAAGCAAAGACAGACCAUCGAUACACGUGAAAAACCGUACGCGUCUCCUUGACUAUUGAUCGACCGGGACAGAGAUUUCCUGAAAUCAGCCUGCUGGUGGUUACGACAAAAGUCACGCCGCGGCGUGCUUGCGUGGCGUGAGGCCUGCGUCGACGUCGCCUACAUAAAGCGCCGCCGCCGCGACGUCGCAUAAAAGCGCCGCCGCCGCCGCGCGAGAUGAUGCAUGAGGCGCCCGCGACGCCGCGCCGCCGGAGCUCGUCGGACGAGGACGCCUUCGCCGACGCGAAUAAAUAUGAUGACCUCGAGGAGGCCCAGGCGCUCUUGGCCGCCGAGAGCGGCGAAAAGCCGAAGCCCAAGGCGCCGCCGCGGAAUUUAUUUGGAUUCUACCUCCAGUACUUCGCCGUGGGAGUGGUGUAUGGCGGCCUCCCGUCGACGAUCUACGGCUUCUUUUUGGGCUAUUUGAAUGUGGAAGGUUAUGUCUACGCUACCUGCGCGACAAUCGUAGGAUUGCCCUGGUCCUUCAAGUUCAUCUUCGGCGCCAUCAACGACUGCUUUCCAAUUUUAGGAUAUAGACGAAAACCGUACAUGGUGAUAGGCUGGUGCCUUUGUGCUUUAGCCCUUAUUAGGUUGGCAACAAUGCCGUUACCGGAGCCCUACUGGUGCGUCAACGCCGAGGACACGGCCUACGUGAGGGAAGAAAAUGGCUUAGCCGCGGCCGCGUGCAACGCGGACGCAAAAAACAUGGGUGGACAAUUCGCGUUCUGGAUGAUGCUCGCGUCGCUGGGGUACUGCGUGGCCGACGUCGCGGCGGACGGGCUCAUGGUCGCGUUGGCGAGGGCCGAGCCUGUCGCUUCGCGAGGCACGACGCAGACCUCGGUCUACAUGGUUAGAACGUUCGGCAACGUCGUCGCCGUGUUAACGGUGGGCCUGUGCAUGAACUCGUGGCGCUACAACGGCUCGUUUUCUUGGGGUCUAUCGUGCUCGUGCUGAAUCGUCGCGUCGUCCUCCACGCCAUCGACGCGACUCCUGCUCGACGGCGUGGCGGUGUGAAUUCCUCACCGCUCGACCGAGCCAGGACGGCCGCGUCAUCGCCGAGAAACGACUUAGUGAAGAAUUGUCGGGUGCACCCGACGCACUGGUUGAUUUCUACACAGGUCGCAACGGGCGGAAGCGCAGGCUAGGAAGAAAUCAUGGGACAAGUCCGACGCCUACGCGUGGACGUCGGUCGUCCUCAUCAGCGUGGGGCUGGUCUACUCGGUGACGAUCAACUUCCUCGCGAUGUUUCCCUCGACGAUGUGCCUGCGCAUCGCGGGCGGGAACGGGUGCGGGGGGUAA